UAUCUCCAAAGAAACCAUCCAAAGGAUAGAAAAAGGGAGCAGAAAAGCGGGGGAGGUCAAAGCGAGGGAAAGAGAGGAGCAGAAGGAGAAGAAGAUGGUGGAUGAUUUCAUGGUGUACGUCGACCGGCUGAUAUCCUCGGCUUGCUUCGAGAGCGCGAACGAGGGGCUCCUCCAUGGCCAUGGCAGCGCACAGAUGCCUCAUGGGAGAGAAGGAUUCCUGCUGAGCAACAAUGGUUGCAAUGGUGGUGGUGGCGGCGGUUGUAAUAGUGGUGAGGCUCAAUGCCACGUUGGGGAGGGUUGUUCCAAGAAGGAGGCGCUUAUAGAAUGUAGGAUAUGUCAGGAGGAAGACGAAGAGAAGGAGUUGGAGGCUCCUUGCGCUUGUAACGGCACUCUGAAGUUUGCUCACAGAAAAUGUAUUCAGAGAUGGUGCAACAAGAAGGGUGAUAUUACUUGUGAGAUUUGCAAUCAGGUCUAUGCUCCAAAUUACUCUAUUCCACAAACCAGGGCUAGUUCUGAUGGUCUGGCAAUCGACAUAAGGCAAAAUUGGGGCCCUCGAAUUGACCUUCACGAUCCUCAUAUUCUGGCCAUAGCUGCUGCUGAGCAUCGGUUGCUCCAGGCUGAAUAUGAAGAUUAUGCUGUUGCAAACACUACUGGAAUUGGUGCCUGCCGCUCUGUUGCUCUAGCUUUGAUGUUACUUCUGCUUGUGCGCCAUGCACUUACCCUCAGCAGGGAUUCUGGGUUCCUGCAGGAGUCUUUGGCGGUGUUCAAUAUUUCACUACUUCAGUUUGCUGGAUUGCUUCUACCAUGUUAUGUGAUCUUGAGAGUGCUUUACAUUUUACAGAGUCGAAGGCGAAGACAGUAGCAGAUGUAGCUGGUCUCGGAGGAAACAGUUAGAAGAUCAAGCUGCUCUACGUAGGACAAGCUCUUGGUGUUGUUUCUUUUACCAUCUUUAUCUAGAGUUGCUGGAAAACCGGUAUCUCUCUUUUUCGUUUCUUUUUGUAUAUCUUAAUAUGUGUGCCUUUCAGUUCAAGAUAGAUCUCUGCAGUGGCUCGUUACUGCUUACUAAAGUGGAAUUUGUAAAUAUUACCAUCAUCUUCUCCUAGCAGUAACCAAAUGUAACAAGCUUUGUUUGAGUAUCUGCCCAAGUAAAUGUAUAAACAUGCAGUUGCCCAAACGUGCACUUACCGGAAUUCUCAGCCUGUG